AUGAGGAUCACCACCGCCAUCCUCGGCUUGUUCGCCGCCACGACAUUUGCUCAUCCCGCACAUGCAGACAACCACGCCCCUGUCGUCCUCGACGAGAUUUCCAAAUUCGACUGCGUCAAAGACUGUUGGCGCGCACACUCUGACAUCGAGGACUACAACCGACGCCAAUUUUGCCACAGCCACGCCUACGAUAUGACUAUGAAAUUGUCACGCAAAGUUCUACCUUGUAUCAAAGAGUCAUGUGACCAUCACGACAAGGAUGCAAUCGUACUUGAGAGCCGUGUCUGGUUCUGCGAUUUCUGUGGCUAUUUACCCGAUGAUGCCGAGAUCUCGUGUUGA